UUGGUCUAGUGUUGAUUGGUGCCGGAUUUGAUAAGAAGGAUCACAGUUCAAUUCCACGCAACUAUGAUUGGGAGAAAGCUGAAAUCAAUUGAUGCGAGAACUGACCCCCAAACCAGAUUAAACUGGUGGUGCAAGCAAAAAAACACUCAAAUAAAUCUUGAGUUUAUGAAUAUUUCAAAAAGUGUCUUAAAUUUCAUUCAUAUUAGUCAUUUUGAAUGUAGGUUAGGAACGAAAUUGAUAGUAAAUAAAUUAUUAAAAUAGGAACUUAAUUGAUAAUAAAUGAAAAAAAUACAAAAACGAACUUGACAGAUUAAUAAAGUUAUAGGCCUUUUGAGAUAUUUGUAAAGUCAAAGAACUAUUUGAUAUUUGAGGGUGUGUUACAAAUUCAAGUGCCAAAUUGAUAAUUUACUCGAUUAAAAUAGUUCAAUGUAAAGGAACUACAGUAGCUUGGUAGUCAGCACUUCAAUACAUGUAACAAAAAACAAAAGACAUGUUAAAUUCCUGCUAUUGUAAUAUAAUAUCCUGAUUCCUGACCAAGCUUAUGCAAAGAUUGAACUUAACUAUUAGUAGUUAUUACAACACAAGAAUACAAGUUUGGCAGUUAUAAAGAUUCUUUUUGCCUUUUUUUUUUUGUAUGAUAACUUACAUUUAUGCACUCCAUGUAAAGCUCCAAUUUGGACGGCAAUGACAAGACAAACCACAUACUUUGGAAUAUCAUCCCUAUUCAAAUUUAGCACAUAAUAACUAACAACAAAAAUUAUGUGUAACAUCAAUUUCAUAAUCAAAAUAUACCUUGUUUUAUCAAAUAAUAGUUUGCUUACAUGAACCAAAUAUAUGCAUAGUAUCAAACACUUCUAGAGUACAACAAUCAUGCCACCAACAAAAGAGUUAGAGAAGAAUCAUGUGACAUAUAUGCAUACAGUUUCCGAAGCUGGUCGUCUUCUCCCUUCAUCGAGUCGCUGGAACGCCAUAGCACUUGAUUUCAGCCUUACUCCUAAGUCUUCUGCUUCCUAUGAAUCCCUCCCUUCCCAAUAUCCAAAAUCUGUUGACUGCAAUCUUGUCAUCACCGAUAAGAAACACUUCCAUAUUUUUAUUUUUGUUACAGUAGCAAUAAUUUUUGCUAUCAUAGCAGUAGCUUUGCUGGUGCACUUUUUACCUCUGAAGCACAACCAUCAAGACUCUUCAAUCAAUCUCAAGUUGGCAAUAAAUCAAGCACUAACAUUUUAUGAUGCCCAAAAAUCUGGGAAUUAUCCAAAGAACAGUCCAGUGAAAUAUAGGGGAGACUCAGGAUUAAAAGAUGGCAAUUCAGAAAAGACUAAUCUUAUUGGUGGAUAUUAUGAUUCAGGCAACAACAUUAAGUUUACAUUCACCACAGCUUAUACUAUGACCUUGUUGAGUUGGUCUGCAAUGGAAUAUCAAACUAAAUAUGCUGAUAUUGAUGAGCUGGAUCAUGUCAAGGAUAUCAUCAGAUGGGGUACUGACUAUUUGCUUAAGGCAUUUAUUCCUCCAAAUGGAUCCAACCUUACACUGUAUUCCCAGGUUGGAAGUACCAUUAGUACUAAUAAUCAACAAAAUGAUAUAAGUUGCUGGCAAAGACCUGAAGACAUGAGUUAUGCGAGACCGGUUUCAGUUUGUGAUGGAUCUGCAACAGAUUUAGCUGCUGAAAUUGUGGCAGCAUUAUCCGCCUCAUCAAUGGUGUUCAAAGAAGACAAAGAUUACUCAGGAAAACUAGUUCAAGCAGCAGAAAACAUAUACGAGGCAGUUACGAAUGAAGAUCCUAAAAAGCAAGGAACCUACACCAGUGUUGAUGCAUGUGGAAAUCAAGCGAGAAUGCUUUAUAACUCAUCUAGUUACAAAGACGAGUUGGCUUGGGGAGCAACUUGGUUAUUUCUUGCUACUAAAGAAACUCAAUAUCUUGCAAAUGCAACUGAAUUUUUUUUAUCUGCAAAGAAUGAUGAAACAAAUUUAGACAAAAAGGUCUUUUAUUGGAAUAACAAGCUCAAUGCUGUUGCGGUUUUGCUUGCUGGUAUUCGAUAUUUUCAAGAUCCUGGCUUUCCAUAUGAGGAUGUUUUGAAACUAUCGUCAAAUUCUACUCACUCCCUCAUGUGUUCGUACCUUUUCAAAAAAUAUAUGAGCAGAACACCGGGAGGAUUGAUUAUCCCAAAACCUGAGAAUGGGCCAUUACUUCAGUAUGCAGCAACAGCGUCUUUUCUCAGUAAAUUGUAUAGUGAUUACAUUGAUCAUCUCAAAAUAUCCGGAGCAAGCUGCGAAACCGAUGAAUUCUCAAUCAAAAUGCUUCGUGAUUUCGCUAGCUCUCAGGUUAACUACAUCGUAGGACAAAAUCCUAUGAAAAUGAGCUAUUUAGUGGGCUAUGGUGACAAGUUCCCAGUCCAUGUUCAUCACAGAAGUGCAUCUAUCCCUUGGGAUAAACGGACCUACAAUUGCGACGAUGGUAAGACAUGGCUAAACUCGAAAAAUCCGAAUCCACAUGUUCUUUUGGGAGCCAUGGUGGGAGGACCAGACACAAAUGAUAAUUUCAUUGAUCAAAGGAGCAAUCAAAGGUUCACUGAGCCAACUAUAGCAAGCAAUGCCGGUUUAGUUGCAGCAUUGGUUGCACUUCAAGAUCUUCCUAAUAAUUCUGAUGGCUUGAAAAACUCAUUGUGGGAAUGGACUUGA